UGAGAGGCGGCUAUAAUUGGCCGGGGUUAGAAGCGCGCGGGGCCCGCGUGGGCCAAUCGAUCCCGCGCCGCGGGGAGCCUGGACCCCCUCUUUCUUCCCGGGGUGCCUCCGGCGUCCUGGGCCAGCCGGGAUCUUCGCGUCCUCAUGUCCGGGGGCGGUGACGGCUGCUUUUUCCGUUCGGCUGCUGGUCCGAUGGAAGAGCCUCCCGGGAAGCCCCUCAGCUGUGAGGAGAAGGAAAAGUUGAAGGAAAAAUUAGCAUUCUUGAAAAGGGAAUACAGCAAGACACUGGCCCGCCUUCAGCGUGCCCAAAGAGCUGAAAAGGUUAAGAAUUCUGUUAAGAAAACAGUGGAAGAGCAAGAUUGCUUGCUCCAACAGGAAGUUUCCCCUCACCUUAACCGCUCAGAACCUAAAAGUAAAGUAUCUCCUUGUGACACAUUACAAAUCAACACCCAUGUUGAUGAAGAAACUGGAGAAAAGACAUCUAUCACACUUGACAUUGAGCCUGAAUCCUUUAGCCCUGAACAUGGCCCAGUGGCAGGAUUAUGCACACAAAGAACAGCUGAUAUCCAAGAACAUUUUCCCUAUAUGAUCAAUGGCCCUGAUGGUGAGAAAAGGCAGCAUGAGCUGCCAAGGAGAAGCAAGAAGCAGCAGAAAAGAACAUUUAUUUCACAGGAGAGAGACUCUUUUUUUGACACUGAUUCCCUCACACCCUUUGGAAAAAGACUAAAGGAGCAAGAAGAAAUCAAGAGAGAAAAUCCUAGGGCACCUAAAAUGGACAUAAGAACUGACCAUUCAAGUCCUAACUCUGACAUUCCAAAUUCUCCAGCACCAAUUACUGAAACAAAUGCAGGGAGUGUGUUAAUUCCACCAACUGCCAAACGACAAAGAAGUGUGGGUGUGCUCUCAAGAGGAAGUAGUUUCCCCAGGGCUACUUUGCUUCCUUUGUGUACUUCAUCAGGUAGCAGUAGUGGUCAGCACCUUGAACAGAAGCUGCCUGAAGGGAACUUUGAACCUACUACUCACUGUUUCAAAAGCAGUAGCCCCGCUUUACCUGUAAACCUGGAGGCACAAGACAAAAGCAUGACUGUCUUUACAAGUAACCCAGAAGUAAACAGAGCUGCUAUAAGGGCAUGUGGCCAACUGCCUAGAAGUCCUAACUCAGAGGCAGACAAUUCAUGUCCUAUAAAUGAACUCACUCAUGAUCACUUACUGGCAAAUGAAAACCAAAACUUAAAAGAACAAAAGGACACAGAGAAGUCUUUAAAAUUUCCCCAUAAUGCUCUCAGUGGUCGAAAUGAAAGUGUAGAGGAAAAUGACAUUCUAAGUCAGUCCAAGAGUCUUAGCCUAGAAGUAAUUUCUCCUAUUUCUACAGAAAAUCAAACACAUUCUUGCACAAUGCUUGAAGGCCUAUUUCCUGCAGAAUAUUAUGUUAUAACAACACGACACAUGUCCAAUUGCCAAAGGAAAAUAGCCCUGGAGGCUGUAAUUCAAAGUCAUUUGGAUAUCAAAAAGAAAGGAUUUGAAAAUAAAAAUAAGGAAGCUUCUAAAAAUUUAAAUCUUCCCAAUGAGGAAACCAACCAAAGUGGAAUUAGGAUGUCUGACACAUGCAUAGGACCACCAAGUUCAAGAAGUCCUCAGACACUUCCGUCCUUAAGUGAAGUCAACUCUUCCGCUGGGCCCACUAAAGAUGACUUUUCUAGGAAGGUGGUUGUCCAGCCAGGUGGUAGAAGACAGCGAGGGAAAAGGAAGUCAAUCUGCCCCCCUGUAUUGGACGAUCAUGAAGUACUUUUGCCAACUUCUGGGACAUCAGGUGUUAAUAGGUCUAAGGAAGAAGUUGCCUUGUAUAAAGAUCAAAAAGAAAAGGCAAUCAUUCAUGGAAAAGAAAGUUAUCGUCAGAAAGAGGACUGCCUUUCUCCCAGUAACAGUCCUUAUUUAGCUGUGGAUGGUGAUGCCUUCCAUGCUCCAGUUCAUAAGAAUGAAAUGCUGAAUGUAAAGCAGUUGUCAUCUUUUCUCAAAAUCACAGACUUUGAGUUACCUGAUGAAGAUUUUGGACCUCUUAAGCUUGAAAAACCCAAGUCCUCCUCAGAAAAGCCAGUUGAGCUUUUUGGAUCAAAAACACACGGAGAGAGGCAUCUUAAAGAGGGAAAUGGUAUUGUCUUGGAGGAACUGGCUCCUAAACAAAUUGAUAAAGAAAUGGAGAGCUUGGAAGAAGAAAUUGUUCUACCAAAAAAAGCACACCUUAAAAUGCCAACCCUAAAAAGCCAGCCUCAGAAGAAGGGCCUUUCUUCAUCCAUAUUGCUUUUCACUCCUUUAAAUACUGUUGUACCUGAUGAUGCUGACAGACAGAUAGUAGAUAUGUGCUCACCUGCUUUCCCUAUUUUAGGCACUACUCCAGCUUUUGACUCCCAAGCACACUGUGAAAAAGGGUCUGCAGAGAUUAAUGGACCAACUUGCUCUAUACCCCAUCUUGCUCACCUGGAAGACAGUAGUCAUAAACAAUUUAGCAGUUGGACCAACCCACCCAAAUUGGAUAGCAGCCUGUGUGUUUCCAAUAGGAAAGGACAGCCUUCCCGUGACUCUGAUUCUGGUCCCCAGGCAACACCUCUACCCACUGACUCAUUCACUUUCAAAGACCAUCAGCCUUGUGGAAAUUCAUGUGUGGAACUGAGGAAACAUUCUACUGAACAGACUGAACUAGCAGACCUUCCUGUCUGUGAUAGCCUAACCUGCAACCUACAAUUGGUUUCAAAGUUAAAGAAUCCCUCAGGUUCCUGUUCUGUGGAUGUGAGUGCCAUGUGGUGGGAAAUAGCUGGUUUCCGAGAGCCAUGUAUUAUAACUGCUUGUGAAUAUGUUGUUUCUCUUUGGAAACCUCUGGAUACUUGGCAGUGGGAAAAAAUUUAUUCCUGGCACUUCACCGAGGUUCCAGUAUUACAGAUAGUUCCUGUGCCUGAUGUCUGCAAUCUGGUGUGUGUUGCUUUGGGAAAUCUGGAAAUCAGAGAGAUCAGAGCAUUACUUUGUUCCUCUGAUGGUGAAAGUGAAAAGCAAGUACUACUGAGUUCUGGAAAUAUAAAAGCUGUGCUUGGCCUGACAAAGAGGAGGCUAGUCAGUAGCAGUGGGACACUUUGUGAUCAACAAGUAGAAGUCAUGAUGUUUGCAGAAGAUGGAGGAAGCAAAGAAAAACAGUUUUUGAUGCCCCCUGAAGAAACUGUAUUAACUUUUGCUGAGGUCCAAGGGAUGCAGGAAGCUCUUCUUGGUACCACUAUAAUGAAUAGCAUUGUCAUUUGGAAUUUAAAAACUGGUCAACUCCUGAAAAAGAUGCACAUUGGUGAUUCCUACCAUGCUUCGGUCUGUCACAAAGCCUAUUCUGAAAUGGGGCUCCUGUUUGUUGUUCUGAGUCAUCCUUGUGCCAAAGGGAGUGAGCUGUUGGGAAGCCCUGUGUUUCAGCUGAUUGUGAUUAACCCUAAGACGACCCUGGGCAUGGGUGUGAUGCUCUACUGUCUUCCUCAGGGGCAGGCUGGAAGGUUCCUGGAAGGUGACGUAAAAGAUAAUUUUGCAGUAGCAGUAUUGACUUCUGGAACAAUCGCCAUUUGGGACUUACUUCUAGGUCAUUGCACUGCUGUCCUCACACCUGUCUCUGGCCAAAGUUGGUCUUUCGUUAAAUGGUCAGGUACAGAUUCUCAUUUGCUGGCUGGACAAAAAGAUGGAAAUAUAUUUAUAUUCCGCCACUAAGAAGUUAAGAUGAAAACACAUGUGUUCUGGAUAUAUUUGUCUGAAUGACAUUUAAAAUAAUUACUUGUAUUCCUUGAACAUUCAUUUUUUAUUGUGAUGGUGGUGGCACUACUGAUCUGGAAUGUUCAUUUAUACUUUGGGGAGAAAAUUUUAGGUUGAUUUUUAUAAUUCAUUUGCACAUUUGCUUUUAAAGGUGUACGUACAGCUUCAAAUGUUAAUAAAUAUUUAUUUUGAUACAU